CGCGCGCGCACAGACACACACUUCUCGUCAAGGGAUUGCUUUUUGUUCUUGCAGCGACUGACUGAUGCGAUCAUCGUGACGCUUCCCCGUCACCCCUUCACAAUGCGUGUGCGCGUGCGUUGAAAGAGGACAAGUCGACUGACUCCACUGUAGGACGACAAGGACUUUCUUGAAAUUAGCGCCGGAGCAGGAGGUGGGGGAGGCGGCGAUGUCCUGAGUGUGUAUGCGCGCGUGCGCGACCAGAGGGGAGCAGCGGCCGCCAUGUUAACCAAGAAGCCCGGAGCAUCGGUCCUCCCGACGGGCAAGGCGGGCGAGCCGGUCUUCUCUCCCGGUCCCGGCGGCGCCCUGACGACGUCGCCCGUCACGCUGCCGCCUCUGCGCAACAACAACAACAACCUCAACCCACUGACAGGUGGCGCUAAAGCGGCCAUGUCGGAGGGCGUGCACAUCACGCAGCUGUUUGACGACAGCGGGGUGAAGCGAGCUCAUCCGAGCGGCCCGCAGCUCAACGGUCUGGCGUCGCUCGCCCCCUCCCGGCCGGAGCGCCCCUCCGCCGCCGGCCCGGAUCCGGCCCACCACGGGCGCCCCGGCGCUACCUCGCACAAGGCGCCCGAGGGCAAAGCCAAACCGGCCGCCUACACGCCCGAGCAGGCCAUGAAGCAGUUCAUGUCCAAGAUGUCGUCCUUCGAACACCACGAGGUCUUCAGCUACCUCGAGGUCUAUUUUGUCGGUCCCAACGCUAAGAAGAGGGCGGGCGUCCUGGGAGGCGCCAACAACUGCGGCUACGAUGACGAGCAGGGUUCCUACAUCCAAGUGCCGCACGACCAAAUCGCCUAUCGAUACGAAGUCCUCAAGGUGAUCGGCAAGGGCAGCUUUGGACAGGUGGUGAAGGCGUUCGACCACAAAACGCAGACGCACGUGGCGCUGAAGAUGGUGCGCAACGAGAAGCGCUUCCACCGGCAGGCGGCCGAGGAGAUCCGCAUCCUGGAGCACCUGAGGAAGCAGGACAAGGACUCCAGCAUGAACGUCAUCCACAUGCUGGAGAACUUCACCUUCCGCAACCACAUCUGCAUGACCUUUGAGCUGCUCAGCAUGAACCUGUAUGAGCUGAUCAAGAAGAACAAGUUCCAGGGCUUCAGUCUGCCCCUGGUGCGCAAGUUUGCGCACUCCAUCCUGCAGUGUCUCGACUCGCUGCACAAGAACCGCAUCAUCCACUGCGACCUCAAGCCCGAGAACAUCCUGCUCAAGCAGCAGGGACGCAGCGGAAUCAAGGUGAUCGAUUUUGGCUCCAGCUGCUACGAACAUCAGAGAGUUUACACGUACAUCCAGUCCAGGUUCUAUCGGGCCCCAGAAGUCAUCCUCGGUUCCAGGUACGGGAUGCCCAUCGACAUGUGGUCCCUGGGCUGCAUCCUGGCCGAGCUCCUGACGGGUUGUCCCCUGCUUCCGGGCGAGGACGAAGGCGACCAGCUGGCCUGCAUCGUGGAGCUUCUGGGCAUGCCGAGCCAGAAGCUCCUGGACAACUCCAAGCGAGCCAAGAAUUUCGUGUCGUCCAAAGGGUACCCACGCUACUGCACCGUCAGCACCCUGCCCGACGGCACCGCAGCGCUCAGCGGCGGGCGCUCGCGGCGCGGGAAGCUGCGGGGUCCGCCGUGCAGCAAGGACUGGAGCGCGGCGUUGAAGGGCUGUGACGAUGCGCUCUUCUCGGACUUCCUCAAACAGUGUCUGGAGUGGGACCCCGCCAUCAGGAUGACGCCCAGCCAGGCGCUGCGCCACCCCUGGCUGAGGAGGCGACUCCCCAAACCGCCCGCAGGCAACGCCGCGGACAAGACGGCCUCCUCCAAACGCGCCACCCCCGCCGACGGCGCCAUCACCUCCAUCUCCAAGCUCUCGGCCACCUCAGCCAAAACCAGGACUAACCUGGCACCCAUCACCGACGCCAACGGGAACAUCCAACAGCGAACAGUCCUGCCCAAACUGGUAAGCUGAAAGCGAGUGCACCCCCGGCCCAACGAGGAAGCACUCACGAGCUCGCGGAUGCCACGUCACCGACAGCACAGUCGAUCGACUUGAGGCUGCCUGGGGUGCGUUCGGUGCCGAUGGGAGGAAAACACACCGUCCCCGGUGGUGCCUUCAGGCUCCUCCGGCAGAGUGACGCAGACAAUCAAUACAAACGGCGCAGAUGGAGGGAACAAGGCUGUUUUCAUCUUUUAGCACAUUAUUCCAUCAACGAUUAGGCACCCCAAAAACAUUUUUAUCUGGAGGAUGACGCUCACAAAACUAGCCGUGCGCGCCGCUGAUGGAGCUACUGACACAUUAAUCGGCGUUGGGAACUCUUAGCCACAUCAAGCUCUCGGCAGACUAAUCUAGCAGAGAAGUCUUACGUCGCAUUCAAUAACUCAAUGUGUGCUUUGUUUUCAGUUAGCACCUCUGUUAGCAUCACGCUCAGAAGAGAGGCUUCUUGUUUCUGUGCGAUUAGCAUCAUGAGACGCCACCAUGCUAACUCCUGUCAGAGGCUAAUUCAGGACAGAUGCUACACACAUCCAAAGGGUACAAUGGCUUCAUUUUUCGAAUACUGCCAAUUGACGCCAGCUGUUUACAGUCCCCAACCGCCCUCCCACCGCUCCUAAAAAGAUGAUGAUGAUGAUGAAGGGUCCGUGUCAACACAACAUGCUACACUGUGAGGGCGUCAGCCAUUUAAAGCCAUUUUCUAUCCUCGGGGCGUAUGUGUGCGCGCGUGCGCGCGUCCACAUGAUAAAUCGCACAGCAAUUGAACGCCUCACGAAGACGUGCAGGCGGGAUAUUAUUUAUGAAUAUUUAUUAUCAACAUUUUUGUUCUAACCAGGAUGUGCAGCAAAUACUUGAAUGUGUGCGUGUGCCUGUUUGUUUGAAAACCAAAACGCAAGUGGCAGUGAUACUACAAUGAUGAUGAUCUCAGCGACGUAGCAUACAGGCGAGCCGACAAGAACACACUAUCUGCUUUGUGAUUGAAAUGUUUUUUCUUUUGUUCCACUGAGCAAGACGACUAAACUUUUGUGCCUUCAAAGAUCGACAUCAAGCCAGAAAGCGAACUUUUUACAACAGGAAGUUGCACUUGUGAGAGGCGGGUCUUGGUGGAGAAACGCCAUCAGCCAGAUAUCACACGUCGCCAACGACAAAGACGGCAGGGUUAAGCUAACACUAGCCAAUCCACCGCUAGCAUCCGAAUGCUAGCCGAUAUGCUGCAAUGACGCUUGUUUUUGUAACAGUGACGUAAGAACUACUGCUAACAUCGCGAGUAAUUCGUUUUGAUAAGUUCUUAAA